AUGGCUGCAACAUCACUUAUGGUGGCUGUUGAAAUGUUGAAAAAUGGUUUCGUACCGGGCAAGAGAUUGGGUGUGUCUCUGCAAGGUAAAUCAGAAGGGGCAGACAUCAGACCUGCAACGGGAUCUUCUUUAAUCGAUCCGGAACAAGGGCAACUUCCUCAAGCAGAUACUAAAUCUAAAAUCCAUCAUUUUCAAAUCUUACUUCAACUUAGACAGAUCAUAGACAAAUCUCUCCAGCUCUCUCGCUGUGAGUUGCACCUGGUUUCUAGCUUUUGCCUUCUCUCGCGGUUCGCAGCAGAAGCUGCUCUUAAGAGACCCACGAAACGUGAUGAGGUUUGGAAGAAGACCCACACAAAAAGCAAAAUCGGGGAAGAAGCUUGGGUUGAGCCACUGGCUGAGGAGGCUUAUAACAGGUAUAGAGAAGCAGUGGAAGAGCUCGCUAGGAGUCAGCCGACCGAUGAGCAAGGCCAGUCAAUCAUGCCAUCGGAGGAAGAAACUCUCCCAUUGUGGUUGAACGUGGUUGGAGGCGUGCAUAAAGGUAGAGCAUACGGCCUUUCCUCCGAGCGCAAUUUUCAUUGCCUCGCGUGUGGACUACAAGGUAUUGGUACAUCCGCCACCGUGCAAAAUGAGGACCUUGAGGAGAUGCGUCGAACGAUUCAACAACUUUCUAGGAACUAUGCGGAUGAACGAGAAAAAAGAAAGCAUGAAGAGAAGAUUAGAGACGCACUUAGGAAUGACAUUGACUCCCUCAAGGCUCAAGUGAACCACUUAAUCGGCCUGCCCCGCUCUCCGCCAAAAAGCCACAUUUAUGUAGAGGAUGAAAGUGAUGGAAAUAAUACAAAUGAUAAAGAAGAUGAGGGGGAAUCCGAAGAUGAGUGAUUUUAUGUUUGGUUGGAUUGUUGUUUAGUUGGAUGUUAACUUUGAAUGUUGCAUUUUGAUGUUUGGUUGGAUAAUUUUGAUGUUUGAUGGGAUAAUUUGGAUGUAUGAUGGGAUAAUUUGGAUGUUUGGAUAUAGUUUAUAAAGUUUUGUUGUUGUUAAGUUGAGUUUUA